AUGUCACACCUCACAUACUACGCCUACAAAGGCUUCGGGGAGCGUCAGGCCCAAAAGUUUCGCUAUAGCCAGGCUGUGCGAGUGGGAGACCGCAUUGAAUGCGCUGGCCAAGGCGGCUGGAAUCCGGAAACCGGUGAAAUCUACAAAGAGAUCAACGAGCAGAUCGAUCAGGCGUUUUCGAAUGUCGAAUUGACGCUCAAAGACGCAGGCGGCCGUGGUUGGUCACAAGUCUUUCGAGUCAAUUCAUAUCACGUCCCGCUCAACAAUGAAGCGUUGGCGGCAAUGGUCCGCAAUUUUGCGAAAUGGAUGCCAGAUCAUCGUCCUAUCUGGACUUGUGUCGGAGUGCCGCGCCUGGGCGAAGAUGAUAUGAGGGUGGAGAUUGAGGUCGUAGCGCACGAUCCUGAGGGAGCGCAGACGGCGACUGCAUCGGCGUCUUGA